GGACAUGUAUCUCCCCAGGAAGUGUUUCCCCUCGCUAUUGGAGACAGGUUUGUGCCUGACGCUUUUAGAAGUACUUCUUGCUGAACGUCAGUGAGGACUUGAGUUUAGCAUUUAGCAUUUAGAUUUUAGAUUUAGCAUUUGUGUACCAUGGCAUAGGCUGCCAUCAGCCAUAAGUUUCCGCAAGUUGUUUUCUCGUUUCCUCGUUAGAAAUGCCAGGAUGCCAGCGUUGCCAUUGGAUGAGUUACAGGUGACCCAAAAAGAUGCUGUGACAGGGAGACUGUGUACUCUGCCUGCACUGCAUCCUGAGCGUAUUGUGUCAAGGCACUUUGUCUUAUAUGUACCUCCACCAGCUUCCUGUGCUCCAGCUUUACUAGAGGAGUUUUUGGAGAGAGCUAAUUUUAUCACACAAGACCUGCGCUGGUUACUGGGGCUUCCCCAUGACCUCUUCUGGUGCCAGGUGCUAUUUGAUGAAUCACUACAAAAAUGUCUAGAUUCUUUCUUGAACAAUGCUCCAAGGAGAUAUGACCGUCACUGCCCCCUUCCUCCACUUGUUCAGAAAGUGCAGAAUGAGCUUCAUCACUAUGUCUUCCUCGCUUUCUUGCGUAUGUCGACACACAAAGAAUCCAAGGAACACCACAUUACUCCCUCUGUGUUUGGGGAAAUCCUGUACAACAACUACCUGUUUGACAUUCCUAAGCUCCUGGAUAUCUGUGUCCUUUUUGGAAAGGGGAAUUCGGCUCUGCUACAGAAGAUGAUUGGUAACAUUUUCCAGCAACAACCCAGUUAUUACCAGGAUCUUGAUGAGAGUGUGCCUACAUUGCUUCAGGUGUUCAAUAGAAUCCUACAGAUCUGCGGGAUAAAGCAGGACAGUGAUUGUGCAGAGCCUCAAAAAUUGGAAAGCCAGAAAAAGAUAACACCUUUAGAUAUGCCAGAAGAGGAUUUGCAGGAUGCUGUGCUGUACCUUUGUGACACAUCCAGCACACUUUGGGCAUUCUUGGAAAUAUUUCCAGCUGCUGCUCAGACUGUUCAGAAACAUGACAUCUUGAACAAACUGAGCUCUUUUUAUGAGCUGGCCUUCUCUGAACUGGAAGCUGCAGUAAUGAAAAGGAAGUUUGAAGACAAAAGCAUGCAAUUAGAUCUCUGGAGGAGGCUUUCACACUCCAAGAAGAAGCUGCUGGAGAUCUGCCACAUCAUUAUCAGUGAGACUUGUCUACAGCCCCUUCUAGAACACAGAACAGAGAAUAUUCAGCCUUUUGUGGAGGAAUUCCUACAGAUCUUGACAGCCUUUCUUCCAGAAAGGAGGUUUUUAUGUGACUAUGAUGAAUUAUACCCAGUGGCAGAAGAUGUGAAUUUGCUACAGCAGGUCUCCCCUUCACUUGAUGAGACUCGCACUACAUACUUGUUGCAUGGGGUGCAAAGUGCAUGGUCGGAUACCAAAAGAUCGAGAGCCCCUACUCUGCCUCCAGCACGGACUAGUCCUGAUGGGGCUACUAAUGGAGUGAGCACUUGUACAACACAGAACUCUGUCUGUGGGGCUGAGCCUGAAUGUGCAGGUGCUACAGCCAGCUCUUCUUUUACUGGGGUGGAACUGGAUUCUUUGGUAUCACAAGUAAAGGACUUGCUUCCUGAUCUGGGUGAGGGAUUCAUAUUAUGUUGUCUUGAGGAAUAUGAACACAAUCCUGAGAGAGUAAUUAACAAUUUACUGGAAGAUAACCUAAGCCCACAUCUUCAAGGUUUGGAUCGCACUAUGCCCAGGAAUGAGAGGGUGGAGACCUGUCCGCUUGUCACCUCUCGAUCGAACAUCUUUGCAGAUGACGAGUUUGAUGUUUUUAGCCGAGACACCAUUGACACUUCAAGGAUAUGGAAAGGAAGGAGGAAACAGGAGUCAGCCACUGAAAUCCUGGCAGAUAAGAGUGUGAUCUCCGCACAGAGGGAGCGUUACUCCAAGUACAGCAUGGUCAGUGAGGAGCACACGGUAGAUGUGGAUUAUGAUGAUGAGUAUGAUGAUACAUAUGAUGGAAACCAAGUGGGAGCAAAUGAUGCAGAUUCAGAUGAUGAGCUUAUCAGCCGCAGGCCGUUCACUAUCCCACAGGUGCUUAGAUCACGCAAUCAGGAGGAGGAAGCAGAAGAGGAAGAUGAGGAAGAAGUGGCUGAAGAAGAAACUUCUAAGCCAGAUCACUUUGUGCAGGAUCCUGCAGUGCUGAGAGAAAGGGCUGAGGCAAGAAAAGCUAGCUACUAUGCCAAGAAAGGAUUUCGACAUGACAACACAGCAGCAGUGGCUGGCUCAGGCAGAGGGCAGGGGCAGACUCGUGAGACAAUACAGGAACGCAGGAAGAAAGAAUCCAAUAAGAGUAUGAGAGCCAACCACAACCGCAGAGUGAUGGCAGACAGGAAAAGAAACAAAGGCAUGAUACCAUCCUAAUACUCAGCAUGCCUCAGCAGGGCAGUAUGACCUGCCACAGACAAAAAACUGCAAGGGACAUUCUAGUUCUACAAUAAUAAUACAUUGCCUUGUGUGCAAUAAUUAAUCUUAUACUUUUGGGUUACCAGAAGGUUUUACAUUCAAGAAAAAAUAAGCAUGAAACUCUCAAAGCACAAACAAAUGCAUAGCCAACCGAGCAUGAGGUGCUCCCCACAUGUUAAAGUUGGAUUGCCAUAAAGGGUUUACAAGUUUGUCAGAAAAACACAACCAAACUAAAUAAAUAUGCAAAACCAGUCGCAACAAAUGUAAUAACAAA